UAUUACUAACAAUAUUUGGAAUGACGCAGCAAGCGGGGAAGCCUACAAAUCGUAUCUGAAAUGAAUCACAAUAGAUAAUAAAUAUACAAAUACUUACACGUAUAUUUAUAUGUAUGAGCGUGCAUAUGUGAAUACGGCAAAGCAACAAACGUCGGAGAUGUAGUUGAGCGUAAUAUAACUGAAGUGAGUCGAUGCACAAUGUCCGACGAAGAGUCAUUCGUUAUUUUGGGCAGUUCGCCUUUGUCUUCGCUCCACUUUUAUGCUAAUUCUCUUCACGACGGCCUGGAAAUGGAAGAAAAUGGAAGCGUUGUGGAAGACGGUCCGCAAGCUCAAAGUAAUGUAGAUUCACCAGCCAGUCUGAGUCAGCUGAGCACUUUAUCGGAGCAGACUAAAUCUGCGGAGGGAAGUCUACCCACAACAUUGCCCUCUCAGCAAACUUCUUUGGCAACUGGUUUCCUUAUGGGCGAGGUCAAGCCCGAUGUGCUUAAGAACAGCGUGUACUCGCAGUUUCCCAGCCUUUGUUCGAUGCAAGCCUGCGCUGAGGAUGUCGUUAAACUGCAGACUAUGAUGACCGAGUAUAUAGGCUUAAAACAAACAUUAGAUAAGGUCAACCAUACGAUGCAGGAAUAUUAUAAAAUUACACAACAAUGGCGACAGGAAGCUGCUAUCCGAGAGCAACAAUAUCAAGAUCAACUAAAGCAAUGUCAGAUGCAAAUUGAGAAGUUAACCGUGGAAAAUCAGCAACUUAAAAAGGAGCUCGAGACAAACUUAGAGCAAAUACGUUUGGUUGAAGACAUGCACCAGAAGGAGCACGAUGAUCUUAGGCAAAGUGUGUCAGAGAAAUCAUCUCUAAUUAAUAAUAUGCGUGUUCAAAUUGACAAGCUACAACAGCACCAAUUGCAUUCUUACGACUUUGUGCCUGAUGUUGACAAUGCGGAACCUGAAAUCGAUAUAAAGCGCGAAAAACAUGAAAGUCAAGUCAAGGAUCUUCAGAGACAGGUCUCUGAAUUACUGGCCGAAAAUCUAGAAAUCAAAGACAUGAAGAAAACCUAUGUCGACGAAAUAAACUGUCUUAAGGUAAACUUAACCAGCGCAGAAGAGCUACUUAAUGCAAUGCGUGUCGAUGUCAACCAGCUAAGGGCAAAGGAUGCACAAAAAGAUGAGGAGAUUGCUUAUCUUAAAACCCAGAUUGAUAUAUAUCGACGUGAUUUCGAAAUGGAGCGCGCUGAUCGGCAAAAGAAUGCAGGCGAAAAGGAGCAAUAUCUGGUGGAUCUGCGCGCGUUGCAGCGACGCAAUCAAGAGUUAAUUGAAAGCUUAGCUGAGGUGCACAAUUCCAAAAAGGUCAUCCACACAGCAACAGGCGCCGUUCAAAGCAGUCUGAGAGCUGAGCAGCGGCCAGUAAGAGUUUUAGAUCCAACUGGAGCAGCAGCCAGGACAUCGGAUUCCUUUAUGCGCUGUCCCAUUUGCUUAAAGUCGUUUAGCUCGCUGUCUGUCCUGCAAAGUCAUGUUAAUGAUUGCUUAGAUAAGAAUUAAUCCCUUAUUAUUCAGAGCACACAAUUCUGUUGUUUUAAAAAUGUAUCUAUACAUAUAUAUUACAUAUUGAUUAUUUUAAAUACACAAACCUGUUUGGUUAGAAUUAGAAUUACAUCAAUACAUCUUACAAUACAUACAUAUAUUACAA